AUGGUUGAUGAAUCCAUGGAGCUGGACCCUAUCCCCCAAAUGUUCGAACUGGCCAUAAAAAAGGCCCAGGAGGGACUCCAUGUCUCGGCAGACGUCGAUGAAGAGCAAAAGCUGAAGGGAUACGUCCGACUGCGGAAGAUUAUCAUCACUCCGUGCAGAACAAUUUAUCAGGCGCCGGAAAUGAUCAUGGGAAAUCGAGUCCUCCGAAUCAACGAAGAGAAAUAUCCGGCCGAGAAGUUCCUCCGAGUCGCCUUCAGGGAUGAGAAUUUGUCCCGAGUCCAGAGUGCCAUGGGACUGUCAUUCAUCGAAGGCUUUAUCAAGAAGAGUUUGACUGAAGGGAAAUUUAUUGGAGGCAAGAAUUUGAGUUUUAUGAGGCUGAAUUUUGAGGAAUUUUUGGAGGCUGGGAAAAAGGUGUACAAUGGGGCCUGAUCUAGAGGCAAAAAAUGUACCAUUUGGCAUCCGGGAAGUAUCAAAAAAGUGGCAAAAUGCCUCCCUUUCCAAGUGAAAAAAGGGGGUAUUUUGCCACAUUUCUUGAUACUUCCCAGAUGCAAAAUGGUACGUUCUUUGCCGCUAGAUUAGGUCCCUCACUGUAUGUAAAUUGUAUUUUGUAUUUUCAGCCAAAGUCUUCAAUUAUCUCGGCUCGUCCAACUCCCAGAUGCGAGAACAGGGAUGCUACUUCAUCCAAGCCGAAGAUGAAAAGGAAAUCAAUCUUUUUCGAAGUGAAUUGGGCCAAUUCGAAUUAAAGAGUGUACCCAAAAUGAUGGCUCGUCUUGGACAGUGCUUCACUCAGUCUUGCGUAAGAAUCGUGAUUAAAAUUUGGGUAAAAUUGACGUUUUAUACGAUCAAACCUGUUUGAGAAUUUUUCGCGCAGGCUUUGUCGUAUAAAAUGUGACGGGAAUGUAAAAGGAUUAAAAUCAUUUUUAUGACAUUUUGAAGGUUACCACCAAUUUUUUUUUAUUGUUGACAUUUUAUACGAUGAAAUAUGCUGAGAAUAUUUAAUCGUAUAAAAUGUCACCCACGAUAUCAUAAGUGUUUGCGAUGACGGAAUAUCUUUUCAGAAGGUCGGAAAAGAGAUGCCAAGAGAGAAGUACGAUCGAACAUACGACUAUGUCGGCAUCAACAAUCGUAAAAAGGACCCACCGGAACCUUUCGUAUAUUCGGAUGGAAAUGGCUACAUGAGCUUGGCAUUUGCUCAAGACAUCUCCAAAUUUCUGAAGUACCAGGACUUUGUACCAUGCUGCUUCCAAUCCAGAUUCCGUGGCUUCAAAGGAAUCCAUGUUGUGAAUCCAGAACUGGAUCGGCUGAAUGCUUGGGCCGCCGAAAAUGGAUUGUUGGAUGGGAAAAAGAAGGGCGAAGCUUUCGGCCUGGAUCUCCUUUGUCGGCCAUCUCAAGAGAAGUUCAGAACCGGAAAGGUAGGGAGAUUUGAUUACCGGAAGACAUUUUAUACGAUGAAGGAUGUUUGAACAUGCUUUGUCGUAUAAAAUGUCACCCAGAAGAACUGUGUUUGUCAAAGAAGCGGGAAUGUGGUUUUUGAAGUGAAUAGAAUGUAUUUAUAUUUAUAUUUGCAUGAUUUUUGGUUAGACGACAUUUUAUACGAUGAAAGAUGUAUUGAAUUCUUGAGAAAGGAUUCAUCAUAUAACAUGUCCAGAUGAAUAAAAAUUACCUUGUUUUAGGACAAAUGCUACUAUGAGGUGGUCAAAAUCUCCGCCCCAUCCCCGGUGUGCCUGAACCGGCCCUUCAUCAACAUCCUGGACCAGGUCAGCGCCAUGCAGUCCUAUCAAUGCCACAAACAAGUUGUGAACAGGUGCUUUCAACUAUUGGAUAUUCAACUGAAUGGGAUUGCGAACUCGCUGACCGAUGAGAAAUGGGCCCGCACUAAAUUGGGCGAAUUCCCAAGGCUGAUCAUGUUUGAUGUGAUGAGGAAUGUGAAUCUGACCACAGAACCUUUCUUCCGAGCUCUAUUGAGGACUUCGGCCAGAUGCACCCUCAAGAAGCUUCGAGAAAAGAUGCAGAUCCAAAUCCCGCCUUCAUUGGGACGGUCUUUGCUUGGGGUGGUCGAUGAGACUGGACAGCUACAAUAUGGCCAAGUUUUUGUGAAAUACACGGUGAAUAUCAUGCAGAAGAGGCCUGGCCCUGGAGCCGCCAGAGAGGUUCUGACAGGUAGGCAAUUUUUUGGAAGGGGUUGAGGGAUAAUGGAACUGGGACGAUCGGGGAAACCGAAAAGUAUUAUUUUUCUUCGAUGCAAGUGUCAAAAUUAAUCGAGGGUGCUGAUUUCGAAAGUGACAUUCAUUUUUUUCAUCUUUUUUCCUCAAGUAGUACUGUAAAGUAGUAAUUUUUUGAAUUUUUUUAUGAAUACUCGAUUUGGGGGUGGGGGGGGGGCUUCAACCUUGCUGAUUUCGAAAAUGUUAUUUAUUUUUUCUGAUUGCUUUUUAUCACGAAAAAAAUUAAAAAAAUUACUACUUUACAGUACAACUUAAGGAAAAAAAGUAAAGACCAAAAAAAAUGAAUGUCAUUUUCGAAAUCAGCACCCUGAAUUAUCCUGAUUUCGGCACUUGCAUUGAAGAGAAAUAAUAGUUUUCGGUUUCCAGAAUCGUCCAGCUUCGAGGGGUCAUAUGGCAAUUUUUUCUUAGUUUUCUUCAGUUUUUUUGGCACUGUUAUGGGUGGUAUUGGAGCUGGGAAUGUGUUAAAAAAUAAAAAAAUAUUAUUGUUAUGAUUUUUAUAAACUUUCUUUUCACUUUUUCCAUUUUUUCGUUCAGGCCCCGUCCUCAUCACCAAGAACCCCAUGGUGGUCGCCGGAGACGUCCGCAUGUUCACCGCCGUCGACAUCCCCGCCCUCCACCACCUCUGCGAUGUGGUCGUGUUCCCUCGGCACGGCCCCCGACCCCAUCCCGACGAAAUGGCGGGCUCCGAUUUGGACGGCGACGAGUACAGUGUGAUCUGGGACCCCGGCCUCUACUUGGAGCGCAACGAAGACGCCUUUGAUUAUACCGCUCCGCCAGUGAACCCCGAAGAAGUUGAUGAGGAAAAAAUGGUAAGCGUAAUGUGUGAUUGAAGGGACAUUUUAUACGAUUAAAUGUGUCUGAAAUUAUUUUGGACAUCUUUCGUCGUAUAAAAUGUCUCCGAGUGAGGCUUGGAGGUUGAGAUAGUAGUACCGAGAGAAAGAUUGUGGAAAGUUGAAAGUUUUUUAUUAUAUCGUCCAGAAAGUUCGUUCGUUUUUUUUUCUAUUUCUUUGUUUUACAAGGAAAAAAUAGAUGGUUCACUUCUGAGCCCGAAAAAUAAUGAAAAAUUAAAGUUUCAAAAAAAACUAAAAACACAGUUUUGUAGAGGAGAAAAAGCUUUAUCAAAGAAAUAUAUUCCCUUCGCCAAAGAACAAACAAUCCUUGUAAAACGAAGCGUUGAAAAAAAACACACGAACUUUCUGGACGACCAAUAAUUCAUGUUGGAUUUAAUUUUUAGCGCGAACAAAUGGCCGACUUUUUCGUGAAAUACGUGAGUCAAGAUUCGAUUGGAAAGAUCGCCAAUGCGUUCCUGGUGAAGGCCGACCAGCUGGGCCUGAACAGCAAAGUCUGUCACAACAUUGCCGUCAAGAAUAUGGAAGCUGUGGACUUCCCCAAAACCGGCAAACCGCCAAGUCCUCUCGCCAAAGGCGAUCCGGUCAGAAAAAUUGAUUCGGAAAAGGCAACUCGGUUUCCGGAUUUCAUGGAGAAGACUCAAGAAUCCUCGUAUGAAAGCCCAAGACUUAAUGGAAGACUUUUCAGGUAAAAAAUUGAAUUUUUUGUCUUGAUCUGAUGGAAAUGUGACGAUUGGGGAAAUCGAAAAUCAUUAUUUUUUUCAAUGCAAGUGUGAGAUUAGGAUAAUCGAGGGUGCUGAUUUCGAAAAUGACUUUCAUUUUUUUGGUCUUUACUUUUUUCCUUAAGUAGUACUGUAAAGUAGUAAUUUUUUGAAUUUUUUUUUGUGAAUACUCGAUUUGAGGGUUUACGGUGCACGGCAACCCGAAAUAGAAGAAAAAUGUUUCCCGCCCACUUUUGAGUUUCGUCCAAACGAAGUGUCAAAAUUGACAAAAGAAAUAAAAUAAUUCCGAGAAAAAUAUUUUUCGGUCGCAAAAUCCCACGAAAAAUUCUUUUGUGACAUUUUGUUUGAUUUCAACCGAUACAAAAUGGGCGAAGUGUCGAAAGGAGCCAGGAAACACUUCGGGUUGCCGUGCGGUGGUGCUGCUUUCAAAUCAGAAAAAAUGAAUAUGAUUUUCGAAAUCAGCACCAUCGAAAACCCCCAAAUCGAGUAUUCAUGAAAAAAAACAAAAUUUUAAAAAUUACUACUUUACAGUACUACUUAAGGAAAAAAGUAAAAAUCAAAAAAAUGAAUGUUAUUUUCGAAAUCAUCACCCUCGAUUAUCCUAAUUUCACACUUGCAUCGAAGAAAAAUAAUAAUUUUCGUUUUCCCCAAUCGUCCAACUCCGGAUUUGAUAGGGAUGUAAGGGUAAUAUAAAUUUUUGUUAUGGAGAAGGCAAUUUUGAUUUUUUUUUUGAACUUCAGAAGAAUCAAAGCUAUCGACAAUGAGCUGGAGACCACCAUCGACGAGCAGGUCAACUCCUCAGUCCAGCUGGACCCCACAAUCUUCGUCGAAGGCUACAACGAACCGCAGUACAUGGAGAUUGCGAAAGAUCACUUCCGCAAAUACGUCGCCUCCAUGGAACAUCAACUCCUGCAAAGAUUCGGCGUCGACACCGAAGUGGAGCUCUUUUCCAACUCCUAUUCCGCGAUCCGGAAGCGGAUCAGCGACAAGGAAAUGGACGAUAUGAGUUUCUUCAACACCCAGCGCGUCAUUGAAGAGACGCUGGAACAGAUCUACUCCAGUCAUCGUCGAAUGUUCUUCGAAGCAUUCGGCCAGAAAUUUGAAGAUCUCACCGAGACCAAGUUUGAGAAUGAGACCAGAGAAGUGUCGGAUAAACGCCAUGUCCUCAGAGAUCAGUGCCGCAACCCCCCAGAGGAGUUGAAGAAACUGGCUGUGGCGUAUUACUACACUGCAUAUGGUAAGGAAUUUUGCUUCGAAAUGAUUUACAAGAGCAUGGAGGGUAGUAUGGGAUGAUUUGGAAAUUGAUUUUCCGAUAUGGGGACAUUUUAUACGAUCAAACAGUUUCAUUGUAUAAGAUGUCACAAAUGUCUAGUAUAAGAUCAAAGUGGUUGGCAAGAGUGUGGAGGGUAGUAUGGCCAUAUGGGAGUUUGAUUUUACAACAUGGGGACAUUUUAUAUGAUCAAACAGUUUCAUCGUAUAAGAUGUCACAAAUGUCUAGUAUAAGAUAAAAAUGGUUUGUAUGAGUGUGGAGGGUAGUAUGGGAUGACUUGGAAUUUGAUUUUCCGAUAUAGGGACAUUUUAUACGAUCAAACAAUUUUUAUCGUAUAAGAUGUCACAAAUGUCUAGUAUAAGGUCAAAAUGGUUGGUAAGAAUGUGGAGGGUAGUAUGGUCAUACAGGAAUUUGAUUUUCCAAUAUGGGGACAUUUUAUACGAUCAAACAGUUUCAUCGUAUAAAAUGUCACAAAUGUCUUCUGUAAAGAAUAGAAGUUUGUUAAAUAAAAAUUGCUGGUUUGGUCAAGCGGAUUGCUUACUUAUUCACCGUUUUUAUGAGAUAAAUGAUAUAAAUUUUUCUAUUUUUCAGACGCCGGCCACCAACGCUUUCUCUCAUUUGCCUGGCUCUGCGCGGAUGUCAUCGCUCGAGUCAGACUCGACUAUAUAACCGAAUUGAGACGUCAAAACCCCAAUCAAGAAAUCUAUUACUACUCGUUCGACCCGGUUUCGGAUCGUUUGUCAACCCACAUUGAUGAUUAUUUGAACUCGAAGUCGAGCCGAAGGGGUGCUCUGGCUCGAUUUUUGGAGGCCAACAUCAAGAAGUAUCGAACGAAAGAGGCCACGAAAUUGAUCUUUAAGUACUGUGAGGUAAGCGGGGCGUCGAUUUUAUAUUGUAGAACUUUUUUUUGAAAAUUUUGAUAUUCUCGUAAUUUAUUGUCUAUUUGGCCUAAUAUUGUAUUUACAGGUCUACGAUGGACUCAUGGAUUUGAUGACAUUCACUGUGAAGUGGGCCGAGAAGAACGGGAUCCUCGUCGGGACCGGAGAACGGAAGGAGAGGGAUCUGAUGGACGUCGAGCAGGUCGGUGUGCCCGUUUUCAACUCGAUUCACAUGUGUUUGAUGAUCAUUUUGUUCGGUCAAGGAAAGCUGGACACCAUCAAUACACCACGAUCCUUUGAAGAGGUAGGAUUUUCACAUAAUGGACAUUUUAUGCGAUGAAACAUGUUUGGUCGUAUAACAUGUCGCUUGAUUGAAAUUUGUGGAGGGUUGGCUGGUUUCGUAUGCCCCGAGGCAUGACUACUAAAUUUCUAGGUUUUUUAUGUUGUAGAUUAUUUUGGAGACAUUUGAUACGACGGAACAUGUUUCAUUGUAUAACAUGUCGUCUGAUUCAAAUUUUUGGAACCUUUACUGGUUUCGUAAGCCCCGGGGCAUGACAACUUAAUUUCUGGGGUUUUUUAUGUUGUGAAGUGUUUUGGAGACAUUUUAUACGAUGAAACAUGUUUCGUCAUAUAACAUGUCGACGAGUCAAAAUUUUGAAAAUUUUAGUUAUAUACAUGGUAAGAGUAGAAGAAAGAUGGAUAAAAAUUUGACGAGCUUUUAUAUUAUGAAUUAUGAAUGAAUUUUUCAGCCUGAAGACCUUGAAGGCAUGGAUCCAGUUGACCUGAGGAAGCAACACGGAGGACUUGGCCAAAGAUUUCUUGGUCUUAUGAGAUUUAUGGCUUCUCGAGACUUUCUAAUGCUUAAAGAAUUGUCUUUCCUCGAUUUUGGAUAUGUCUCCGGAUUCUACAACAAUGAAUGGUUCUACGCGCAAAAGGUGAGCUUUAAAAAGCGAAAGAUUUAUCAGUUUUUAGGCGGCUGAAAAGACUUAUUACAAGAUUUGCCUGACCAACGACUACUCAGCCAUCCCAUACGACAAGGACAAGCAGAAGGUAACGGAUAUUGUGGAGAAGGUGGACAUCGAAGGAAGAGUGGCGUCAGAUGGAAUCUCAUUUUUGGUCGAACUUCUGAAAGGCACAGCGAACCAAGUGAUGAACAAGAAGAAUGUGAGGGCACUUGAGGAUCACUCAGGAUGCGAGUCCAUCUUUUGGAGACAGGAUUUUGCCAAUUCCGAUGAUUGUAGGUGGAGUUUUGCGCAAUUGGAUGUGUUAUACGCUGAAACAUGUUUGAUCGUAUAACAUGUCGGCGAGUCAAAUUUUUAAAAAUCUUAAGUCAUAAAUGACAGGAAUAGAAAAAAGAUGGAUACAUUUUGACGGUUUUUUAUAUUAUGAAAAAUGGUGGAGACAUUUUAUACGCUGAAACAUGUUUGAUCGUAUAACAUGUCGGCAAGUCAAAUUUUUGCAAAAUCUCAAGUUUUAAAUGGCAUGAAAAGAAGAAAGAUGGAUGCAAUUUUUGCGAGGUUUUAUAGUAUGGGUAAUGAUGAAGACAUUUUAUACGCUGAAACAUGUUUGAUCGUAUAAAUUGUCGGCUUACUUUGAUUUUUGAAUUAAUACAUGUUACUUUUAGGCCUAACUGAUCGUAUCUACGUGACUGCCGUGGGAACUGUGACUGCCGUCAACCGUCUUCGUCGCUAUCUGACGCCCAAGGGAUACCUGAACAGCCGGAUGUCGGAUCUGAGCAUGGGGAAAUCGUUCGCUUCCCAGGUCAUGAACAAGAUUUACCAAUUGACGAGAAAAGAAGAGAAGGUUGAAUUGAUCGAAGAAAAGGUUGAAGAAGACACCCCAGUGCGAGCUGCCCCCAGAAUCAAGGCCUACACCGAUGAAAAUGGCCAUAUUGUGGUGACAAAGCCGGGUACCUCCAAAGAUUAG